AUGCGCAGGGCAAGCAAUGGGGUUGGAAGAAAUCCCUUUAAAGGAAAAAAGGAAAUUGACAAGAAACAUUUGGUUGCCAUCUUUCUUUUGAGGGAAAAUCCCAUUGCCUCGUUUGUUUGGGAAAAGAAAUCUAAGAAAAUGAGAUGGUUGUUAAAUGCCAGGUUUAUCACUAUAGUUUUGUUGACGAGGAAGGAAUUACUAAAGCUUGUGGCUUCCCUUUACUUUGAAAAGGCACAUAAGUGGUCCUGCACCUGUUGCAGAUCAAGUAAAACUGAUAUUGUCGAUGAAGCAAUCACAUUCUUUCGUGCCAAUGUUUCCUUUAGAAACUUUGAGAUCAAGAGCCCUGGGGAUAAGCUCCUUAUAUAUUGGACGUUCUACAUAAAUGUGGCUUUGAAGAGGCUUGAGGGCUGUAGGACCUUGGCUGAAGGUACUAAGGCAAUCAUUAACUUGGGCUUGGAAGACGUUCCCACACCUGGAGAAUCCGGUUUUCCUUUUCUAGGGCUCUUUGUUCUUCCCUAUUCUCAAAAGGAAGCAGAACUGCUUAGGAAUUAUCUGAAGCAAAUAAGAGAAGAAACAAGCGGGAGACUAUUCAGUGUUGCCUAUAGGCCCAAUGGAACUCCAAAUAAAUGGUGGUUAGCUUUCGCAAAAAAGAAAUCCAUGAAUAUAUUGUUCCAUGAAAGAUAUAAAUGCCGUAUAUUCAAUCAAAAGUAACAUGUAAAAUCCUUCAUAAGAUGACGUGUUUCGAAAUGUCUGUAACGAAAGUAAUUUUUACAU